AUGACGAUUCCCGAGACACAGCCUGCGGCCCCGGCCGCCCAAAGCCUGAACGACAGCAACAAUGAAAAGUCGCAAGGUACCAGUUGGUGGAAGAAGCUGCUCGGGUCCUCAUCUGAUGAUGCCAACUCAAAUGUAGACGACAUCGGCUAUCGUCCGAGAGCAACAUUGGGUAUUCUUAGCGAUCGAGAAACGGACGAGGUACCGGGGACUGUUUUAUUGUUGUCCUCGAAUCGCAAUGAGCCGUUAGGUCUGAGGCACCAACCUCAGCGCACCUCUGCCUCAUCUUUACCUGCCCCAUAUCCCCCAUCUCGUUCGUCUUCACGUGCAUCUGCGCCUCCGACAAAGAAGACAGCCAAUGGAAAAAUUGUUCUGGAACCCCAACCAGACGAUUCAAUGAAUGACCCUCUGAACUGGCCAGUCUGGAGGCGUGACGCCGCAUUAAUCUCUCUCGGUUUCUAUUGUCUUAUGGGAGGAGGUAUGACACCUGUUCUGGCGGCCGGCUUCAAUCAAGUCUCAAGUGACUUUGGUGUCAGCACCCAGAAGGUGGCAUAUACAACAGGCCUGUACAUGAUGGGACUGGGUAUCGGUUCAGUGAUCAUGUCACCAACCGCUAUUCUGUGGGGCAAGCGUCCCGUAUAUCUACUUGGUGCGACACUCUUCAUUCUCUCCGCCGUUUGGUGUGCUCUAUCUCCCAAUUACCCCAGCCUGGUUGUGGCCCGGAUUUUUCAGGGAAUCGCAGUGAGCACAGUGGAGUGCCUACCUUCAGCUACUAUCGCAGAAAUUUACUUUUUGCAUGAGCGAGCAUACCGUGUCGGCAUAUAUACCCUUCUUCUCCUUGGUGGUAAAAAUCUUGUCCCCCUGGUAAGUGCAGCCAUUAUUGAAAGUCUGGGUUGGCGUUGGGUAUUCUGGAUUGUCUCCAUAAUCGUCGGGGCUUGUCUCAUUUUGAUCUUCCUCUUCGUCCCAGAGACAUUUUGGGAUCGAACCCCGCGACCACGACGACAUCACAAGCGGCCUAAUAUAUAUCGCAGUGUGUCAGACAUGGUAAGCCACGGGUUUAGGGGCCGCGCUGCUGGUACUCGGAACGAAGAGGCCCCACACACGGAGGACACUGGGGAUUCUAUGUUGCAUAAAUCACACAAAAAAGGCCAUGUGGGGUUUGUUGAUGGUGAGCCUGAGAAGGAACAGCUUGGUGAACCGGAAUCAGAGGCCAUCCAGCAGCAAGGGAAGGUCCCCCCGGUUGCAGAUGAAUCAGGAGCUAGAAGUGAAUCGUUGGAACCGACAGGCGGGCUGAGUUUAACUUUGCAGUAUACCAACCGACUCCGAGAGAGGUCGUCCAUUCCAUUCACCCACUACCUUCGACCUUGGAAUGGCCGGAUUUCCCAGGAUCGUUGGCUACGUGUGGCGGCCCGGCCAUUUAUCCUAUUUGCCUACCCAGCAGUUCUAUGGUCGACUGUGGUGUACUCGUUAUCCGUUGGAUGGCUCAUUGUUUUGUCGGAGUUGGUCUCGCACAUAUAUCAAGGCCGGGAAAAUUACAAUUUUACCCCUCUGCAAACCGGACUGGUUUACAUCUCUCCCUUUGUCGGGGGGUUGCUGGGGACAGCUGUAGCUGGUAAAAUUUCGGACAUAAUUGUCCGAUACCUCACGCGUCGCAACGGCGGUGUUUACGAACCGGAGUUCCGCCUAGUCAUGGCGGUUCCAAUUGCCCUAGCGACGACAAUUGGGCUAAUGGGCUUUGGUUGGAGUGCUCAAGAGAAGGACAACUGGAUUGUCCCUACCAUCUUUUUUGGGGUGGUGUCAUUUGGGUGCUGCUUAGGCAGCACCACCUCUAUCACUUUCUGUGUGGACAGCUACCGACAAUAUGCGGGUGAAGCUCUCGUCACGUUAAACUGGAGCAAGAACGUCUUCCACGGGCUGAUAUUCUCCCUGUUUGUUGUCGACUGGGUGGAGGCGGACGGUGUGCGGACAGUCUUUGUGGCUCUGGGAGUCAUUCAGAUGGUCCUUUUACUGUUCUCUAUUCCGAUGUAUAUCUACGGGAAACGCGCACGGAUGUGGACCGUCCGGAAACGGCUGAUGGAGCGGUUUUAG